AUGAGACUACCUUGCAUGUCCCUCCUCCUCCUUCCCUUCCUCACCCUAUCCCUCGCAGCUCCCAACAGACGAGCAACAACAUGCAACGGUUCACCCCUCCUAUGCUCCCGCCAAUACAGCAACAUCACCUUCAUAGGAGCACACGACUCUUUCGCUCUCUCCCCCUCUCUCGCAGGCAAUCAGGACUACGACCUAACCCAGCAACUCACAGACGGUAUCCGGAUGCUGCAGAACCAGGCUCACUCCGCGAACAACACGAUCGAGCUCUGUCACACCUCUUGUUCCUUGCUAGACGGCGGCUCGCUCGCGAUUUAUUUAGGGAAACUCAAGGUUUGGCUAGACGCGAACCCCGGGGAGGUAGUCACCCUCCUGUUGGUAAACAACGACGACCUCCCCGUCUCCCAAUUCGGCGCGGUACUCCAGUCUGUGGGACUGGACACUGUCUCUUUCAACCCUGGGAAAGCGAGUUUGACACUUCAGGAAUGGCCCACUCUGGGGCAGAUGCUCGAUCAGGGGACGAGGCUGGUGACGUUCAUGGAUACGAACGCGGAUUUCCAGAGCGUGCCUUACAUUCUUGAUGAAUUCUCAAACAUGUGGGAAACAGCUUUCGACGUCACCACCACUUUUGACUGCGUCGUCAACCGCACCCAUGGGGAUCCCACAACCCAGCUCAGCACCAUAAACCAUUUUCUCGAUAUCGGCACCACGAUCGCAGGAAUAGGGAUAACGAUGCCCGACAAGCCUGCUCUCCCGCAAACGAACGCUGUUUCCGGCCCAAACUCACUCGGGGCCCAAGCACAGGAAUGCGUGGCUGAGAAUGGGAGAGCACCGAAUUUUUUGUUGGUGGAUUAUUAUGAGGUUGGGGGAGGGAGCGUUUUUGAAGUCGCGGCGGAGCUGAAUGGGAUCCCGUAUUCUCAGGGAGUUAUUGCUAGUGUUCCGGGGACGGCGGGCGGGACGGGGACGGGGGGGACGGGGACCGGGGGGACGGCAACAACGCUGGCGGGGGGGAGGGAGACGAGCCUGGGCGGGUUCCUGCCCCGUUAA